AUGAGGACUUGUCCUGAAAUGCUAUCACCCUAUUGCAAACAGCUCUCAGAAGAUUUAAAGCUCGGAAGUGUCGCAGUCGCCAAACUAGUACCCAACCUCAACGAUAAGACUGAGUACAUUGUAUACUAUCGUAAUCUGAAGUUAUAUCUCGGGCUGGGAAUGGAACUGACAGAAAUUCACAGAGCUUUGACGUUUCAACAAAGUCCAUGGCUCAAAGCCUAUACAGAUUUCAACACAGAAAGAAGAAAGUACGCCACGAAUGACUUUGAGACUUAUUUCUACAAGCUGAUGAAUAAUGCGGUGUUUGGAAAGACGGUGGAGAAUUUGAGAAAGCGAGUCAAUGUCAA